ACACCGUGCGCUCGAGCAGCACGCGCGCGCAGCUGUUGGCCCUCUGUGCGCCUUUAAGCGCUUGUUUCUCUCGCGCGCUGCGCACUGACGACCCGGUUGGACUGAGUGGUGCACGAGCUGCUGGAGAUACCUGCUGCUUCAACAGGGGACAAAUAACCUGCCCGAAGACGAGAGGACAGCCGUUGACACUCGCACGGGGACUAAAAUUAGUGCACAGUUUUGUUUUAAUUGCUGGAAAUAUUUUCUGUUUCUCAAAAAGAGGGAAUUUUUUUUUUUUUUUUUUGUCAAGAGAAGACACCGAUUCAUUGGCAGCAGAUGUGUUUUUGAAAUACGAAGUAUGUUUCAAAAGACAAAACUUUUAUGUUUUGUGAACUGAGAAGCAAGAAGAGAAGAAUAUCAUUUGAAGAGUCCACUGUUGAGGGACGAAGACCCCCUCAGGGGAGACCUGGAUAUGGAUGGUGUUGUUGGAUGUGAAAUGUGUGCACAGCCUGCAGCUGGGAUGCACUGUGCGUCUGAUCCGAGCCGUUUCACAUUAUGAUUCUGGGAUCCAAACUGCACCUGACUGCGAAUGUAACAUUAUUUAAGCUCCAAUCCAAAAGGAUCUACUAUGUCCUCUGUUCAGACCAGGAAGCUGAUUCUGUGCCUGACCCUGACCUUUGUCCUGCUGCUGGUGGCACCCGUCUGCCUGUCGUCCCCACAGAGCGCCUCUUGGAUUUCCUCGUGGGGUCCUGGCCGUGGGGCUUCAUCGGGGCGUUCGGCACGAGCACGAAGGCAGCUGCACUAUAAAAACGAGUGGGCGACGUGGAGCGUCUGGUCGGUGUGCUCACGCAGCUGUGGGGGCGGAGCCUCUGUGCGGACGCGCACCUGCAUCACCAGGAACCCCGUCGGUGGACCAUGUGCAGGAGAUCCAAGACAAUACAAGAUCUGCAACACCAAGGACUGUCCGUUUGGCUCGGAGGACUUCCGAGAGAUGCAGUGUGCUGCCUUCAACGACCGACCGCUGAUGGCUGGACACUCCUUCAGAUGGACCACCUUCCAUGGAGGCUCUAACCCUUGUGAACUCAGCUGCCUCGCUUUGGGUCACAACUUUUACUACAACUUUGGCCGAGUGCUUGACGGGACUGCCUGCGACAAGGAGCUGGGGGCGGUGUGCGUCAACGGACGCUGUCUGACCCCUGGCUGUGACUCCAUCUUGGGUUCAACGCAGCAGGAGGAUGCCUGCAUGGUGUGCGGAGGGCACAAUUCCACCUGCCUGCACCACAAGAGUGUGUACCAGAGCAAUGGUCUCGAUGCAGGCGGUCCUUUUGGAUACAACGAAGUGGCCAUGAUACCAGCUGGAGCCACUCACAUCCGAGUCACCGAUAACAGCCGGAAUUAUCUGGCACUGCAGAACGGACGAUCCCAGUUUGUUAUUAAUGGUAACUGGAAAAUCAGCGUUCCAGGCGAGUAUAAUGUAGCCGGGACAAAGCUGCUGUACCGGCGCUCGGCGGACACCUACGAGAGUUUUGAGGUCCCGGGACCCACACAAGAGGACCUUCAUCUAAUGGUUCUGGCCACAGACAGGAACACAGGGAUCGAGUACGAGUACUGGCUGCCGCCGAACCAGUACGCCUUGUACCACGGGAGAAGCCCCCCGCGUCAACCUCACCACACUGCUGCCUUCCUCCCCUGGAAUUUACCCACUACUACAACCACAACCACCACCACCACCACCACGAGCCGGCCUCCCCCGAGCACCACCCGCUCACAAUGGUUUUCCAGAUAUUUGAAGCCUCCACGCCAGAUUCCUGCUCAGCGGCCUCACAGGCCCAUCCCGCCACGCCAUGAGCGAGAGGACACCCACAGGAACCACCUCCCUCAGCUCACGCCGGGACGACACUGUGGAGAAUGCCUGCGAGUUCGAGGUCGGAGAGAACGUCAGAAACAGUACUGUCAGAAGGACUUUGUCUUCCGAGCCAGAGUCCUUGCGAAGCUGUACCACGGCGAGGAGACCCGUUACGACGUCCAGAUCAUUCACACCUACCGAAACCGCUUCCGCCUGGAGCACCGAGAGUUCCUGUGGGUGCCGAACGUGUGCGACUGCCCCCAGCUGGAGGUGGGGAAACAGUACAUCCUGAUGGUGCGGCGCCACAUCAACCACGAGCGGACGCUGAACCGCAUCCUGCUGGAGGAGGACAGCUACGUGGUGCCGUACCGGCCCAGAGAGGACGAGCUGCUGCGGCCGCUCGAGAGACUCUGCAGCAACAGAGGGCCCAAAGACCCGGCAGAGCUGAGGGGAUGAGAGCAGGCUCUCCGCUGGGAGCCACUUUUAUUACCUUCCCGUCCGGAUCUUCCAAACAUUGCCAGAGUUGCUGAGAACCUGCCAUUUUCUCCACCGGAGAAAAAUGAUCUUCCAGCUUCAGCUGACUCUCGCAAACAAAAGACUCCAUGUUUAUUUAAGAAAGGACUGGCUGAAAAUACCAAACCGAGCACUUUAGGUGGGCACGACUGCCCACCUUUAAACACAUACCAAAGAGAAGAACAUUGACUGAAAUACCCUGUUUUGUUGUCAUUUUUUUCCAGAGCGAUCAUUUAUUUUUGUUUAUAUUGUUUUUUUUUUUUUUGUGUAUGUGUAAGAAAAAAAUCCACCUCAGAAAACUUUGAAGUACAUCCAUCCAUCUUUUAUAGUCACGUCAUCCGAGUUUGUGUUGCUGCAUCCAGAGCUGAUCUCAUGUUUCGUUAAAGGCGGUACAGUCUGAACUCUUCACCAGGUCGGGUCAAGCCAAUCACAACACAACCACUGGUUAUCGGAGAUAAAUGAUCAUUUUCUUUCUUUCUUUCUUUCUUUUUUAGCUUCACUUUAAUGCAGUUUGUAACACUUCAGUCACUCAAGUCAGAACACUGUCCAGCCACCAGCAUGAUGCUGUCGUACAGCCAGGAAGGAUUGUGGGGGAUUCUUCCCAUCUUCCACUAAUAGUGAUUCUUGUUACUUCAGUAGUAGACCAAAUAAAUUACCAAAAAAUAAACGAAUUUCAAAAUACUAGAUUCAGAACAGCUCACUUAAAUAUCUCCACUUGAUAAAAAACUUGAUGUGAAGACUUCGAUAUUGACAGCUUAGAGAAUUCGUGACUUUCACCAUCGUUGUCUGAGAAUUAUCAGCCCUGCUUUACUUAAAACACAUUAAUCCUACAUGUGUUUGAUCAGCUGGUCCCUCUCCGCCUGGCGAUUUUCCAAGACUGAAACAGUGAAAGUUACACACCCACUUUAAACCUGACCAGAAGGUGGAUUUUGUUUCUUUUAUUAUACCGAACAUAUCGCUUCACAUUGUAUUUAAAAACAAGCUUAAAUCGCAACACGUUGCUUGUGUGUCACUUGUGCAAUGUCAUUAAUAUUGUCUGCGUUGCUCAUUUCUGUGUGUGUUUUUAAGUGCAUUAAAUCAGGUCUUCUCUUUGAUGGUUUACGUGAAAGAGAUUUUGAUAUGUAUACAGUAUUUUAUUGUGUGGCACUGAUUAGCUACAAAUAUACUAAUGUAUGAAUUGUUUUGUAAAGCUUACAGCUUAUGAGUUUUUGUGCCUUGCGCCUGUUAAGUAUCAAGUUAUCUCCGAAACCUCACACACGUGUGCCAAAAUAACCUGUUUAUAGAGUAAAGUAUAUAUGAGAACGAUUAACUAUAUUUAAAGCUUUUCAAGGUUCAGAGCAGUUCAUGAUUUGAUGUGGAAGUAAAGGCAAUUUCACUCAUAUUUAUGUGGUUUUCAAAUGAGAAAUCAGACAUGAAAAGAACCAAAAUUGUAAGAAAACAGUGUAUUUAAAAAAAAAAAAAGAACUUCACAUCUACAACAACUGAGAAACUACGCAAAACUGCAGAUAGAAUAGCUACACAUGCAUUGCUUUAGCUGAG